AACAUGCGCUAAUGCUUUGUGAAACGAUGAGAUUUCUGGUGCAGCAUGUUGGGGGUGUCGCGCAGUGUCAGUGUCAUCACUACAUUACCGCCUGCAUGCAUUUAUUGAAAGAACGGAUUGCAAUGUCAAUCGGAGGAAUGCGCUGAUCUCGGGAACUAUAGAGCAGACACAGGAGGGCCUGAAUUAGCCUCAUCGAUGAGCCAAACUGAGAUGGAGAUGCCUGCGGGUCCAGCGGAGGGCAGGCAGAGGACUGGUACGGUGAAGAGGAAGAUGUGGGGGGGUCUGAGGCAGCAGUGGAAGCUACUGGGCCUGUUUGAGAUCGACCAGCAGCACGAUUUCUACAGCCUCACCUCUAUGAUGAAGGAAGGCCUCUCUGCAGCCGUGCAGAACACCAUCGACAACCCACCACCGGAUGAAUUGUCGGAAGAUGACUACAGAUUGGAGGUCACUCAAAUACAUAAGGCCUUCAGAAUGGAGACGUUUGCAGGGCCAGUGUUUGCCAGCUUGCGUCGCUCCCUGGGGAUGACAGAAAAGGAGUAUCAGCACUCUCUUUCCAACGACGGUUCCUACCUGCAGUUCAUCAGCAACUCCAAAAGCAAGGCCGACUUCUUUCUCACGAAUGAUAAGCGGUUCUUUCUGAAGACCCAGAACAAGAGAGAGGUGCAAUUCCUCCUGUCCAACCUAAGAAUCUACAUGGAGCACCUAGAGAAGUAUCCUCAUUCGCUGCUGGUCAAGUUCUUAGGUGUCCACAGGAUCAAAAUUCCACAUAGGAGGAAGAAGUACUUUAUUGUAAUGCAGAGUGUUUUUUACCCUGACGAUCGAAUCAAUGCCAGGUAUGACAUCAAGGGUUGUGAGGUGAGCCGGUGGACAGACCCAGCUCCAGAGGGAAGUCAGGUUAUCGUUGUUCUCAAGGACUUGAACUUCGAGGGCCAGUACAUCACUCUGGACCAGCACCGUCCAUGGCUGCUCCGGCAGGUGGAGAUUGACACGUCGUUCCUGCAGAGACUCAACGUGCUGGACUACAGCCUCCUGGUGGCUCAUCAGCCCCUGCACCAGGAUGAACGCCACCAGUGCCUGUCCUUCGCCACCCUUAUCAUGCGCACUAAAAAGUCCUGGUCUUUCUUCAGGACAAAACCAAUGACUUCCAGGUCAGUGAUCACAUGCUCAAGCCCCACCCAUGCGGGCAUGCCCACUGUUCCGGGGGCGGUCCCAGAGGAAGAUUCCGCCCUGUUGGUAUCAGAGAUGGACGGCGGGACAGGAAGUUGCAGCGUUACUGAGUCACGGGUAGGAAGUGACCUGGGAAGUGCCCCUUCCGGGAGACCCUGUACUGAGCAGCCGGUGGGAACGGUCACGGAUUCGAUGGAACUGCAAGACUUCCAGGCCCAGAACCGCCGGCUGCUGCCCAACUUCAGAAACCCGCUGCACGUCAUCGACGGACCGGAGCAUCGCUACUUUGUGGGCAUCAUCGACAUCUUCACUGUCUACAGCUUCAAGAAGAGGCUGGAGCAUUGGUGGAAGAGACUGCGGCACCCAGGGCAGGCCUUCUCCACCGUCAGCCCCCCCGCUUACUGCCAUAGGCUCUGCCAGUGGGUACAGGACCACACCAGGUAGACUCAGAAAGAGGGGAGGAUGAGGAUGGUUACUCCCACUAGCACGCUGUCUUCCCAGGGACACCCACACACGCAAAUACACACGCAAAGACUAGCAACUGUGACACUGUUCAGAGACAUAAAGCUAUUCUUUUAAAGCACUGUAAUUUCAGAUUGACCAAGAGGCAGUUAUAUUCAUGUUUCCACGUGUCCAGACCAAAGCCAAAACGAACAUAAACCAUUAUAUGGAAAUAUAUUAUUCACCACAGCGGAUAAAUGGGUUCUCCCUCUUCAUAUUCUUUCAUUUUUUUUUAAGUAACAAAGAAAAAGGUGCAACAUUUAAAAUGUAGUGCUAUGAAUUGAUUAGCUGAUUUUCCAAAGUAUAAUAGUUUUUGAAUUGUUGAAGUUUAGUUCGUGAAUCAAUAAUGAAAACCAAAAUUAUUUUUCAAAUUUGCCAUCUGUUUUAAAAAAAUAUUUUUUUUAACGUUUGACUCCUAUGGAUUUUUUUUCUCCUAAUUUAACUUUACACGUUUGGAUAAAUGUUGUAUAUUGUUGUAUGUUUUUUUUUAAGUGCCUUUCUUACGCACUUCUCAGUAGUUGGUAUUCAGACUUACUUAUGCAGGUGCGUAACGGCUUUGCAGUCGUGGUGCGCGCUGAAUACAUACACCUUUAAAUACGGCGUACCUUUCAUUUAGACGACAUUCACUAGAACGGGUUCAGAAUAUAAGGAUCAAUGAAUGAAACCCAUCUAAAUAUAUGCAUAUUCGUGUCCAUUUCAGGACCAACUAGUCGACCAACUAGUUUAUUUAGGCACAUUUUGGGUUAAAAAGUAUGCAUGAAUCAUAAAAAAGUACAGGGUUUGGAGAGCUUUUACACACUAAAUGCAGUACAUUCGGAAAGUAUUCAGACCCAUCGAUCUUUUCCACAUUUUGUUACAUUUCAGCCUUAUUCUAAAAUGGAUGAAACAAUCUACACACAAUAACCCCUUAAGGGACGGCAGCGUAGCCU